GGGAGGGUCCUUGCUAAUGAGUUGCGCAUUCGUCAGAUGUCAUGAAGUGUUGUCUAGGACUAAUGUUGCUUUUGAUAGGAGCGACACUCGCUUACAAUAAAGAAUACGCAAGUAAAAACUUGCUAAAAUUACGGUGUUAUCAGUGCAAUCAGCCUUUUCAAUGUGGUCACGGUGUCUGCUAUGGAGAUUUAUGCGUAAAGACGUCAAUAUCGCAGAACAAUGCCUACGUGAGCAAAGGAUGUGAAAACAUAACUCACACCAUCAGCCACUACGAGCCGCAACUGAAACUAAAAAGCUACUGUCGUACUGAGGUCGUGUUCGGAAUCGAGAGCACGAUCUGCUAUUGCCGCGACGCGGACUUCUGCAACGCGGCGCGGUUACCACGGGCCUUUAUCGGCGGACCUCUAUGCCUGCUCGUGCUCACCCUCCUAUUUCUUGAAGCCUUGUGACAGAAUGUACCUGUACAUAUAUAGAUCGUUUAUGAACUUCUAGUCCCGCCCCUUGACUCUAUGCUCCGCCCAUUUUGUACGCGUCACACAUGGAUAUUGUACUCUUCCAGCAAGUUUUCGUGUUCAUUUUUGUUUUUUCCUGUGAAUUCAUGCAAAUGUCUGUAUUUGCACCAAAAAACUGGUCGUGUCUUUCAAGCAGUAGUCGAUUGAAUCGAUUUAUUGAUUAUUGUUCAUCCCGCAUCGACAUAUCAGACCGUGUAUUAUGGCUAAGAAAUUUCUUAUAUAAUUACUGUUCAGAC